AAGAUCGAUUUCCAUACCGUCCAUUUGCUUUGCCAAACCGUUCAUUUCAUUUCUAAAACGAAGGAUAUCUUGUCUUACUUGGCCUAUUUCUCUCAAGAAUUGAUUUUUCUCGUGUAAAUCAUCGUUUAAAUAAUUAUGACUGAUAGGUGUAGAGUAAGAUGUACAAAGCUAAUAAUAAUAAUAAAGGGGAUUUUUUUUUGGGUAAGUCUCGUUUCUCUCCUAUUCUUCUUUCUCCUUAUUCUUUCUGCUUUUUCUUUUUUUUUGUUGUUGUUGUUGUAUUACCUUUUCACGAUAAUAGUUGUUGGAUUCUUUAGCACGUCUCAUUGCCCAGUUAUUACAUUGAAACGACUCCGAAUCACUAAAAGACAGCUGGGCAUACUCCUCGAGAUUCAUUUAUAGAUACAUGAAAAAGCACAGAAAAUUCAGGUACCAAAAAAAAAUAAAAUGUAAUAAAUUAU